AUGUCUGGCUCUCCGAUCGCAGUCUCCUGGCCCAGAGAUCUACCAGACUACGGUUAUUUUGGUCCAUUCGCCCAAUGGCUGGAUGACCAAUUGUCCAUUCCUCAAGGACUUGUGUCACAAACUUCAGCCACGAUGCUGCCUAAUACUGCCUCCAAUCCAAUGCACAUGGGACCUUUCUCAAUCAACAGCUUUAACACAGGACCUAUAAAUCAUUCACUUGCUGCAGCUGGCCUUGAGUCGAACCACCUAGCUUUUGGAUCAGACUGGCUCCCCGGAGGAUACAACAUGGGAUAUGGGAGCUUUACCGAUGCGCAACAGAAUAUCCCUGGCACAAGUCAUUCUCCUGUCUACCAUCAUAAAUGUGCAGUCCGCGCCAAUAGUGAGGUAGAAUCUGUCACGCAAGAUACAACAGUAUCUUGUCCUGACCAUGGCAGCGAACAACAGAAAGAUGAAUCUACAGCUACCAGAUGGCAUGUGGGUUGCUGUGUUCCAAAUUCAAUUCUGGGUGAAUAUGGGUAUAUUCCUAUGAGCCAGGCAGCUCUUACGAGUUUAUCACUAGUCACAGACGGCUAUUGUAGACAUGGCUUCUAUAUUGAAGGACUUAUCUACCUCAAACAACUGCGACACUUUUCGUGGCGGGGCAUUUCCUGGGAAGAGGAAUUUGAAAUAUUCCGAUCAGUGAUUCAAAAUAACGCAUGCCAUCUUACCAGUCUUCAGGUGGAAGUACGAGAUAUCGUUGGAUGGGAGGACUCGGAUCCUCACCUCAUUCUUUGUUACAUUGGGUUAAUAUCCACGGAAGAGGUUGAAAUCCCCAAGGGUUUCUAUCUUCCCUCCCUUCGCCAUCUAUCCCUCCACAGGACUCCUGUCGGCUUAUGGAAUGGUACGGAUCCUUUCUAUUUUGACCUCAAGAAGCUACAUUCUCUAGAACUCAACACCUGUCGUGGCACACCUGAAUUCAUGAGAACUAUGGCCUCGAGAAAGAUUGAUCUCAGUCUGCGCACAUUACACCUCUCAGAUUUUCACGAUGAGAGGAACGCCAAUCUCGGCUCUGAUCUUGCUUCGCUUUUGACAACUUUUAGUGGUCUCGAGGAGCUCUGUGUAACAUCAGACAUGGAAUUCUUAUAUCUCGAUCCUGAUUCUUCUGUGGGUCCAUUCACUUCGCACCAAAUGACCUUGAGAAGACUUAUUUGCCGAUCAUCAGACGAGCCGGAGCAAGGAAUGGAUAAUAAUGUCCUAGGAGAUUCGUUUCCACUACUGCCUCCACUCCAAACUCUACCGGCUCUGGAACUUUUGGGAAUCUGGGUAGAACCUAAUUUUGUAAGAGCGCAAGUUGGCUCUGGCAGAGACUGCGAGUCGAUCAAACUUAUUCAUUUUCGGAUGAGAGGUACCUAUCACACACCGCAGGAUGUUUUACAAGAACUGAUCAAGUCCGGCUAUCCCUCGAAAUUGAUUCCUUCUUCUGUUUACAAACGUUGUCUAUGUGUUCCAACCGAACCAAGACAUCAGGGCCCUGGGAAAGUCGACCUAUAUCCACCUGACACCAUUUGUUUACCCCAACUGUUUGACUUUGCAAAAUGGGCUUUCGGGGCAGAGGGCUUUCCUAAUUUGCGGGUCCUUGCCUACGGGGACUUUGCCGAUGAGGGUCAAAAAUGGUCACGCAUACUUUUCUGUCGUCACAGCGGAGUUGAACAUUCAGAAGCACCUCAUGAUAUUCCAUUCAGACUCGUACAUCCAGACAGUGAACAUCCUUUGGCUGAUAUUGAGCGAGCACGUGAGCUGCUCUAUGAAUACCAGGCUAUAAAUGUGCUUGAGGGGCGUUUGGAAACCGAGGGUGAUGAUGCUCCAACUUAA